AUGGCUCAACCUCAGCAGCCACCUCCUGGUAAAAUGACGGGCGGCGGUCCUCCCCCUCCUGGUCGAAUGCCCGGCAACUUCAUUGUCUUCGGUCCCCGAGCCAACUGUACCCUCGACCUCUGCCCCGUCGAGAUGAGCGUGUACGGCUACCGGCCCUCGCUGGCAGCCAACGGCGCCUUCAUCGCCCUCUUCACCAUCGCCGCCAUGAUCCACGCCUAUCUCGGCAUCAGAUGGCGUUCCUGGUGGUUCAUGGGCUGCAUGGUAACCGGCUGCUUCGUCAUCACGCUGGGAUACAUCGGUCGCAUCAUCCUCUACUACAACCCCUGGAGCUUUGCAGGCUUCAUGAUGCAGAUCAUCCUCGUCGGAUCCGGCCCCGUUUGGUUUUGUGGUGCCAUCUAUGUCACAUUGUCCAAAACCGUCACCUUCCUCUCCCCAGCCUACUCUCGCAUCCCCCCACGUCUGUACAUCUGGAUAUUCAUCCCCUGUGACGCCGUCGCGCUUGUCCUGCAGGCCGUCGGUGGCGCGCUGUCGACCACCAGCAGCGGCGCGUCGCAGGUCGGCGUCGACAUGGGCAUCGCGGGCCUGGCCUUCCAGGUCGCCACCAUGACCGUCUUCUCGACCGCCAUGGUCGACUACAUGAUCCGGUACAUGCGGUCGCCAAUGGCCCGCGCCGACGGCAGCAUCGUCCAAGUCCUCGGCGUCCGCCUCAGGCUAUUCUUCCUCGGACUGGCCUCUGCGACGGUCCUCAUCCUUGGGAGGAGUGCGUACCGCGUAGAGGAGCUCAGCAAGGGCUACUCGGGCCCUAGCAUCCGGAAUGAGACGCCCUUCAUCUGGCUUGAGGGAGUGGUAAUCAUCGUUGCUACAUAUCUGCUUUGCAUAGGCCACCCAGGCAUCGUCUUCAGCAAGUGUAGGCAAGGCCGUCCGGAAUCUACCGACAAGAUUGCCAUGUCGAAUGUCAGGCUAUCGUCGCUGUCUCCAGAGAAUCGCAUGUAA